CUUUAACCAGCGGCAGCUCCCUCUCAGGGAGCCAGAGGGACCCACUGUCCACCCUGCGCUCUGUGGAUGACCACCACACAAAGUUGACAUUUCUUUCAUUUUCUUUCUCUUCACGUUUUAUCUCGAGUUUUCAUCCAUCUGUCCAAACUUAAACUCUGGUGGGAAACCAUUUGGGACUGCUGCGUUCAAGCCUUCAAAACUCAUUGUCAUCAUGGGGAUCAAAGCUGCACUUCCUAAGUACGAGAUCUACUUCUACAACACCGUGCUGUGUCUGGCCAUGUUCUGGGCAGCCAGCUGGAUCUCUGAAGUGUCGAGCUCCAAUGUAAACAGAAAGACAUUUAAAGCCAGUGUGAAACCAGGAUACUUUGGGAGAAAAAUGGACACUGCAGAUUUUGAGUGGAUGAUGUGGUUUUCCACCUUCAGAGAGCACAUCCUGUUCGCCCUCUCUGGUCACGUGCUCUUUGCAAAGAUCUGCUCUAUGCUGGCUCCUCAGUUCAGGUCCUUGGUUUACAUGGUGUAUGGUCUGCUGGCAGUAUGGACUAGCAUGGGUUGGACCUAUGUCUCCCUCAUGCUGUCCCACUGCAUCCUGCUCUACAGCAUCUCCUUAGUGAAAAUCCGCUGGCUCUGCUUCGUCGCUGGUCUCUGCACCCUCGCCACGUUCAAGUGCGAACCUUUUGUGUCCUGGCAGGCAGGUUUUGUGGAAGGAGACUUUGAGCUGCGGCAUGUCCUCUUCUAUGGAGGCUGUGGGUUCACGAUCAUGCGCUGCUUGAGUUUUGCUUUGGAAAACUGUGAACGGAAAGAUGGGAACUACAGCAUCCUGGAGCUGCUCAAGUACAACUUUUACCUCCCUUUCUUCUACUUUGGACCCAUCAUGACAUUUGAUAAAUUUUAUGUGCAAGCCAAUAAGUCUGACCUGACCAGAAAAGAAAGGGAAAUGUGGAACAUCAGCCUGCAGGGUUUGAUCCAUUUGGGAGUCAUUAUUGUAGUGGAUGUCCUCUUCCACUUCAUGUACAUCCUCACCAUCCCCACUGACAUAAAGCUCCUGAAACACCUCUCUGACUGGGCUUUGGUGGGUCUGGCUUACGUCAACCUCGUCUACGAUUGGAUAAAAGCAGCUGUCAUGUUCGGAGUCAUCAACACAGUGUCCACACUGGAUCACCUGGACCCACCAAAACCACCAAAGUGCAUCACUAUGCUCUAUGUGUUCUCUGAAACGCAUUUUGACAGAGGAAUUAAUGACUGGUUGUGCAAGUAUGUUUAUAAUUACCUUGGUGGAAAGCAUGAGAAUGUGGUGGAGGAGCUGGUGGCUACGCUUUGCACCUAUGGCGUCACCAUCCUCUGGUUGGGCCCCUGUGAGGUCGUCCUGUUCUGGGCUUUCUUCAACUGUUUUGGUCUCAACUUUGAGCUGUGGACCGCUAAGGUCUUCUCCAUGGAGCCAUUUGCAUCCUUUGAGGCUGCUAUGUCAGAAGCAAUGUCCCGCCGCAUCAGAGCAAUCUUCAAUACGUUCAACUUUUGGUGCAUUGUGCUGUACAACCUUAUGGCUCUGAACAGUUUGGAUUUUGUCAAGUUGGUCACCAAGCGACUGCUUCUGAAAGGCUUUCCUAUAACUACCGUCAUUGUCAUGUUUGUGACCUACUGUCUAAUUCAAGUGAUCAAGGAGCGAGAGAGAAGACAGGCCCUCAUCGAUGACCCUGAUCCACUUCCUCCUGACCCCCCUCUUAAUGCUGCCACCCCCACCUGUCCUCCCACUGCUGCUCCACAGGCAGUGGCUGAUUCCAGCAAAGAAAAAGCAGAGUAGAAAUUUGGCAUUCAGCUAAAAGGUUCAGAGACUAACAGACCAUCUAGUCGAGAAUAUUGGAAGCUUCAUUAUGUCCUAAUUAGCUUUUGUAAAAUGAAUCUUUAAUGAUUCUAGGAAGUCACAGGCUGUAAAUAAGAUUGAGUAUUUAUAUGGCAGGGGUUAUUAAUAGUUAGUGGAAAACAUUAGGUCAUAUUUAUUGUAACAUAUUGUACAGGCCUGGAGUUAUAAAAAUUUACUGACUAACAAAGCACUGACUUCCCUGACACUGAUAAUUACUACUUUACUGUAUGAAAAAAGUGAUAUGUGACUGUAUGUCUACAUGAAAAGAUUUUUCUUGUAAUGAGUACCAGUUAAUAAAACUCUUUUUAAUCCCA